AUGGGCGUGACUAAGGAACAAGUUGAAUCAUCUUUGAAGGCCAAACUCAACCCUUCUCAUCUUGAGGUGGUUGAUACAUCUGGAGGGUGCGGUGCAAGUUUUGUAGUGGAGAUUGUAUCAGAACAAUUUGAGGGCAAAAGGCUACUGGAGAGGCAUCGAAUGGUGAAUGCUGCCUUAGAGGAGGAAAUGAAAGAAAUUCAUGCUCUCUCCAUAAAGAAAACUGUUACCCCAGAGCAGUGGAAACAACAGCAAGAAGCCAAUCAAUCAAAUGCUGCUGCCUAG